GCAGUCCGCUCCGUGCUUCUUCCUCGCGCCCGCCUCCUCUUGUCACCUCCCGUCUCAGCCUCCCUGCUCCAUCCCCGCCGCAUCGACCGCCCGCCGAGCGCCUCCGAGAGCGAGAGGUGGUGCGCGGGGCUUCAGGGCGCGCUCUCAAGCGGACCCCGGCCCGGCCGCGGGGGGCUCGGGCAGCAGCAUGGACACCAAGCGCUGCUUCGCCAACCGCUUCGAUGACUACCAGGGCAGUCUGCUGGCGGGCCAGUGCGAGGAGGCGGUGGCGCCCUUGGUCACCGCCACCAUCGAGCGCAUCCUUCAGGAGCUGCCCCCGCUCGGGGGCGGCGCUGAGGCCCGGGGGGCAGCGGCCGCGGCCAGCAGCUGCCAGGGCGGGCUGUACGGCGGCGUGGCCGGGGUGGCCUACAUGCUCUACCACGUCUCUCAGAGCCCGCUCUUUGCCGGGGCCCGGGAGCGCUACCUGCGCUCGGCCAAGCGCCUCAUAGACGCGUGCGCCCGCGCCGAGGAGUGGGGCGAGCCGGACGCCGACACCCGCGCUGCCUUCCUGCUCGGGGGCGCGGGCGUGUACGCCGUGGCCACGCUCGUGUACCACGCCCUGGGCCGGUCCGACUACGUGCAGCCGCUCGGCAAGUUCCGGGCGCUGUGCGCCGUCUGCGCGCCGGUCUCCUUCCUGGAGUGCGGCUCCGACGAGCUGUUCGUGGGCCGCGCGGGCUACCUGUGCGCCGCGCUCGUGCUCAAGCAGAAACUCGCCCAGGAGGUGCUGACCCCAGCACAGAUCAAAUCAAUUUGCCAGGCAAUUCUGGACUCUGGGAAGCAGUAUGCCAUGAAAAAGAGAAAACCAUUCCCCCUGAUGUAUUCUUACUAUGGAACUGAAUACUUGGGAGCAGCUCACGGCCUGUCGUCCAUUCUCCAGAUGCUUCUUUCUUACCAUGAGCACCUCAAGCCCUCAGAUCAGGAGCUGGUAUGGCAGAGUGUGGACUUCCUCAUGGAGCAGGAACAGAACUGCAACUGGCCACCUGAGCUCGGCGAGGCCAUCGAGAGAGAGAACGAGCUGGUGCACUGGUGCCAUGGCGCCCCAGGAAUUGCCUAUCUGUUUGCCAAAGCUUAUCUGGUUUCCAAAAAACCACAGUACCUUGACACAUGUAUCCGGUGUGGGGAACUGACAUGGCAAAAAGGUCUGCUAAAGAAAGGACCAGGGAUUUGCCACGGUGUAGCUGGCAGUGCCUAUGUUUUCCUGCUGCUCUACCGGCUCACGGGAAACUCUAAAUACAUCUACCGAGCCCAAAGGUUUGCUGAGUUUUUAUUUACAGAGGAAUUCAAGGCCGGUUCUCGAGUCCUUGAAAGUAUAUACAGCUUGUAUGAAGGCUUCUCCGGGACGGUGUGCUUUCUGAUCGAUCUGCUGCAGCCCAAUCAAGCCGAAUUCCCUCUCUUCAGUGUCUUUGUCUAGAAGGUUCCCUCUCUCACUGUGGCCCUGCAGAAAGUCCCUGAGAUUUCCCGAGCCUACCCGAGGCAGUUUCCACAUAAGCCACAUCCAAUGGUAUCACAACCAUGAGCCUUAACAUUGCCGCCCGAAGGAAGGAAGGGAGGGAGAAGGCAGGAAGGCAACAUGAUACCAGACUUCAGGGAGAACAGUUUGAGAACCUGCAGAAUAAAAACACCACAACUCUUCCAAAAACCAGAGAGAUUUAAAAUUUCAGGGAAUUAUUGUGAAACUAGAGCUCAGAGGAAAAAGGGAAAGAGAAAUAAUACGUUUUUCAGUUAUGGCAUAUAAAACAAAACUGAAAUGUGGACUCUGUUGAUAAAAUGCCAGUACCCUUGCAACUGGAAAGAGAAUCUGACCAUCUGUGGGUGCCCUCCACCCCUAAAUUCAGAAAUAAACACAGUCAAAAACUAAAGUGAUUGCCCAGCUGAAAAUUGCUGGGAGGGAUGAAAUGUCAGGUUGCUGAAAGGACAAAAAAGGAAACUCUUGGUUGUCCUCUGUCUUUACUUAUUGAAAUUUAUGGUUUUUACUGAAUGGAGAAAUUUGCAUAAUGGAUCUCUAUUUUAUCAUUACCCUGGGCACUUUAAAGGAAACAUAUCAUAACCUUUUUUUUAAACAAUUUUCAUUUUUAAGUAAUCUCUACGCCCAACAUGCGGCUCAAACUCACAACCCCAAGAUCAACAGCCAUACACUCUACCUGCUGAGUAGCCAGGCACUCCAAAACAUAUCAUAACUUAGUUGAAAUCCUGAAAUUCUGAAUUUCUUUAGGCCUUACAUCUCUUUUCCUGGCUCCUUUUUCUUUCCUAAAGCUCAGUUAGAAAAGUAAAAUUCAUAGGCUAGCAAAUACUGUAGCAAGUAUUGCUGUCCAAUGUUUUUCUCAAUUUGAAGUGUGAGCUAUGUAUUCUCUAUUGUUAAUUUAUAUUGAAAUGCUUAUGUAAUCCCUAUGGAGCUAUUAGAUGAACUGUAAAAUACACUCAUGGUAAAAAUCAUUCAUCUCAAAGAUCAGGGUAGCUACUACAAAGAUAUGUUGUUUCUACCUUUGAUGGAACACCGUGUCCCCUGGGACAGGCAGACCCUGGCUGAGAAAGGGACCUGGAGAUAGUGAAAAGAACAUUGGUAAAGUUUAUGCUGUUAGAUUAAGAGAUGAGUGAACUCCUUGGCUGCUCACCUUACACUCCAAGACACAGGUUCCACUAGAAACUCUCUACAAUACCCACUGAGCCAAGUUGCCAUAUUAAAUUCUACCCUGUUGUAAACACAUAAAGGGGUCACUGGCAAUUUCAUAUAUCAGAGUGAGGAGGGACUUGCGUACCAUACAAGAUAUAAGAAUUAUUGAAAUAGUCAUUAAAUAUUUGUAUAUAUGUGAUAGAUGUAGAAUAUAUACAUAUAUAUACAUAUAUAUUCUACAUCUACAUCUAUCUCCAUGUAAACCCAAACACUUAUUAAGUUCGUAGUUCCUAACUUCUUGAUUUAUAGAUAAACUGGGAGGAGUUGGGAAUACUCUGUUCCCUAAAAUGUGUGUGUGUGUGUGUGUGACCUGGCAUGUGUGUGCAUGUAUGCACACUCAUUUCUCUGGGAAGAGGUUCUCUAGCAUUCAUAAGAUUCUCAAAGAAUCUGUGGCUGAAAAGGGUAAGAAGUACCUUUGUAUAUUUUUUUGACUUUAUGUUUGCACUCAUCAGAACAAGCUAGGACAAAAUGAUUUUGAAAAGCAUGCACCUUUUUUGUUUAUUGUUUCAUUUUCACAUCCUCAGAUAUAAAUAUAUACACUUGGCCUCAGUUGUUCAUCUUUGAAAAUACUCAGGUUGGAGCAACACCACAUAAAAGGUUUCGGAUGACUCCCAAAGUUGGGUUCUAGAAGUUCUUCCAUGAAUAGUCUAGGCCUUCUCAGAAAGCCUUAAGGCGAAAUGCCUUCUAUGGAGUAGUCUUCUUUUGAAAUGACAGUGGUCCCUGCUUUUCAGCAUCUGGUUUUAGAUUCAUUUCCUUUGGCCUCUAUAGGCUGAAGGUAAUAAGCAUCCAAUAUACAGGGCUUUAUGGAAUACAUGCUUUUUUUCAUCAUCCAACAACCCUUCAAGGUGACUUACAUAAUUGUUCCAAAGUCUCACAGCUAGGAAGGGGCAGAAUGAAGAUUCAAAUCCAGGGUUUCACUUCACAAGUACAUUUACUUAGUAUUCUAGACUAGAAUCCAGGUACAGCAGUGAACAAAAGUACCCCUGGAAGGUACCUUUUGUUUGUUUGUUGAUCCUUCCACCAUUCAUUCUGGAAACCUAAAACCUAGAGCACUAAGAAGUGAUAAUCUAGUUUAACAUAUCAGUUUUAUUUCUAAGAACUUCAGAAAAACUGGACUCAUUCAUGCUCGCCCACCCUUUUAAGGUCUAGUAGGGUAACUAUGACAUUGUGCUGACCCUUAUGAAAAGGCAACCUUUUCCUGUGUCGAAUCCAAGCAAAGGCCAUGCUUGAGUGUGUCUUUAUGAACUGACACCUUGGUAAAUUGGAAACAAGGGUAAGCUUGUUUAGCAUGUCAACAUGUUGUAAGUUUCCAUUUUCCUGAAAGAGUAGAAUUGUAGCUUUAGGAAGAUCCUCUUCUAUCUUGUUUUUUCCAAGAAGUGGGGAAAAGACCCCUACAUAUUACUGUAUAAAGCAUGGCAUGUCACUUCCUAUCUAAUCAAUUUGUUCCCUGCUAAGCAGUACCAUCCUUUAUGGAGUAGGUGCUUAGGCAGGUUGCCCCGUGACGGCCACAAGGGCAUUUUCACUACCACUAGUAUAACUCUAAUGUUAGUUACUAUGUGUGCAUGAACACUUACAAACCCCAAGGGUAACAGUGGAAUUGUGGUUAGAUUGAAAGAAUCUCUCCACAAUGGAGAGUCUGCAAUAUACUUUAAGAAUGGGAAGUUUUGGAGAAUAUUACAACUCGGCAAAUUUGUUUCAUUAACACAAUUACAUACCUUCUCUUCUACACAUACUUUUCUCUCCAUCUGUAUCCUAAUAACUGAGAUUUGACAGAGUUUUCAGCAUAUACACCCCUGUGGUUCUUCAAGUAACCAACUACAUGAUUAAAAUAAUAGUAUUUACUUUCUGAUAAUUUGAAUCAUUUUGUUGGUUCAUUUUAAGUUAGCAUUCUUCCAUGGCAAUACAGAACUUUAACUUUCUUUGACACACUAAGAUUUUAAUCAAGGUAGUACUCAAAUUGUUUCCUUUUCCAUAGAGAGUAAAUCUCAAUAAUUUCAGUGCAACUAAUGUAAGCUUGUGAUUUAUAACCAUGAUCAGGAAACACAUGAAUAAAAGGAAAAACAUUAGUGAUACAAAGAGCCCGCUCCACCUCACAGGAUUGUCAUGAGGGUUGUCAAUGGGUAGAAGAGAGUUUUGUCAUAUGCAGGUCCUUUAUAUGUUUUAAAGGGAACAUGUAUUUUAAGUAUCUACUAUGUGCAUAGAAAACUGUGCUCAGGUUUGACCUCAAAUAAGCAUUUCAGCCAGGUGGAAUCUCCCUAUGUGGAUGCAGUGUUUGGGGUCUGGAUCACUAGAUGGGCGAAAAUGAAGUGUGUGUUUUUUAUAUUCUAGAACCAAUCCUGGCCAUAGUAUUUGGGCCUCAGAAGGUUCUGGGGCUUAAUAAAUAGGAAUAGGCUGGUUUGGCUCGGAGCUCCUUUUCAUGCAAAUAUUUAUUUUGCUUGCUGCAAACAAAGGAUUUAUAGUGCCAGUAAUGUGAGAAAAGGAGCUGGCAGGCUAGCUCUGCAGGGCAAAAAUGAACUGGGAAAUAAAGUAUUUUUGGUAGAGUUUGGUCUGCAGUAGAAUUCAGGCCUCAGAACUGUGUGACAUGCAGCAAUAGAAAUACAUUCUCGAUUACAUAUAAGGCCUUCCUUGGGGGAUCUGGGUUGUUUAUUCAACACUGUCCCAAAUUAAUAUCUCAAUGACCAGCCUCAGAUUUGCCAAGGCCAUGUUCUCUUGGCAUAAACUUGGCCAGGAAAGCAAAUGAAAAGGCAGCCAAAGGGGCGGGUGGGAAAAGCUUUCUGGAGCUCAGCAUCUAAGUGUGAGUUGCCCAUGCACUCUUCAUGCUGCUAAGAACCCCUCAUCUUACUUGUGGGUUUUAUUGCUUCCUGGGUCUUCUGAUCUCCACCCCCACCCCUACCAACCUCCCCAUGAUUCAGCAACUUCUUGUCCUCCCUUUGGUCUUUAAAUAGUACAUUCUGAUGUUUAUUUUUUUUCCUGUGUGCUUAAUCAUGUGACCUCCUUUUGCCUGGGAGGGCAGGAUUUCUCCUUAUCUCUUCCAUCCAUGUUAGUUCAUAGCUAAUAGCUCUAGGCUUAAUAAGGCCAGACUCCCCUCUGGACAGAAGCGCUGACCCCAAGGUCAGCCACAGCAGGAGUUGGGCCCAUUGUGUUGUUAGGUGACAGGUCCAAGACAGCUCACCCCAAGGACAGCUAUACAGGGAACAGAAUGGCAGCUGCAUUUAUCCUGCUUCUCCUGCCUAAAGAAACCUGGUCAUUUUAUUUGUACUGUUGUGAAAAAUACCAAAGUUGAUGCUACAUUACAUAUCGGAGCCUCCUACAUUAUCAUAAAUCUACCAGGUGUGCCCUCUCUCCUUGUUUCUUUAAUUGAAAGUGCUAAUGAAUUGAGGCCUGAUGGCUGAUGCCUUUAGAGUUAAAAAAUAUUUUUUAAAAUUCCCUUCAAAUAUGGAACCUUGUCAUUUCCACCUAGACUCUUCCACAAGUGGCAAAGUCCCUUAUCUGCAGAAAUUCCUGCAUCUUCUUUCACCUCUGAACUGAAUUUGAAAAAUCAUUUAGCACAAAAACCAAAUCAUAUUUUAUUUUUUGGAGGGGUGUAUUGGUGAGUAGUAUGGCUAAAAGAGCAAGCUCUCCUUCCUUUUCUUGACUUUCUCCUCCCUGAACAAUAUCGAGGAAGAAGGGAGACAGGGAGAAAAGAUACACGAGGUGAGGCUUGAGUGUGGAGGACUGAAAACAGUUUGUGAGCACUUCCUGUUGGUUUCCUCUUUGGUUUUUCUUAGUCUCCCCUGUAAGAAAGUGUGUGUAGGGUGGUGUGGGGUGGGGAGAGAGAUGGAGAGAGAGAGUUAGAGAUUGACUUAGGGAAAGUCAGUAUCACAUAUGAUGUAAAACCCAACAGCUCUGGUGCCAGAGUGGCUCAGUUGGUUAAGUGUCUGCCUUCGGCUCAGGUGACAUCCCAGGGGUCCUGGAAUCUAGCCAGUAUUGGGGCUCCCUACUGAGCAGGGAGUCUGCUUCUCCCUCUCCCUCUGCCCCUCCCCCUGCUUGUAUGCUCUCUCUCUCUCGCUCUCUCUCUCCCUCUCAAAUAUGUAAAAUAAAAUCUAAAAAAAAAACCCAACAGCUCUUAGAUAUAUCCAAGUGGUAAAUAGAUAUAUGCAAGCAUACACUGAUUAAUGAAUGGGUCUGCAUUGUGUGUUCACUGCCCUCUAAUAAAUUAGUACAUAAUUAAUGAGGGCCCUCGUUAACACUUCCACUUGUCUAUCCUAAGUAUUCAUUUUCGUGAAAACUUCUGCCAGGUUAGAGCCAUUAGUAGUAGCCAGUUGUAGAAGCUAGCAGAUGUGAGUUUUACAAACAAAGCCGCAAACGUGAGUCACGUGUAAUUUUAGAUUUUUCUAGUCACCACAUUACAAGAGUUAAAAAAAAAUGAAAUUAAUUGUAAUUAUUGGAUUUAACUCAGUGUAUCCCAAGGAUGAUCGCCUCAACAUGUAAUCAAUAUACAAUUACUAAUGAGAUGUUUAACCUUUUUUUGUACUGAGUCUCAAAUCUGGUGUAUAUUUUACACUUACUGCACAUCGCAAGUCAGACUCGCCACAUUUCAGGCGCUCAAGAGCCACAUGUGGGUUGGCUACUGUAUUGAACAGUGCAGGGCUGGCACUGUACUGCUAUUUCACAGUAUUGUUAAGGUCUUCCUACAGCUUAUGUAUGUUUUUGUUAUUAUUAGAUAAAAUGGAAACAAAACACUGCAUAUUCUUUUGUACAGUGGUGUUUCCCCAAAUUCCGAACACUAGUACCAAGAGCUGCCCUGGGGAAAAAUAGAUUCUGUGAUUACAUAAGGUAGGCGAGUUCUGCUCUUUUGCCCCCUUUUGGAGAUGUAUGUAGUGUAUUAACAUAUCUGAGAAAAUCCUCUUGGAUAAAGAACCUGUUUGCAGAUGUUGAGUUGUGUCUGUAAGGUUCAACCUCCUAAUUGUUGCUGUUGCCCAGCUGCCACUAUAAAAACACGGUUAGUCUGGCGUGCUAUGUUUAUGUUAUACUUAUAACAUUUGUUUUUUCUACAAGAAGAGUUUUAAUACUCUUUCCCACACCCCGGCCCAAUAAAGAUAUCAGAACAACAAUUCUGUCCUAGAGUAUUAAUCCCUAUUAAUUAUCUUGUCCUCACAGAGACCUGAGGUCAUUCUUUACUACACUUUCCGGAACAAGAAUUCCGAAAAUUGCCGCAAGUGUCUCUACAUAAGAAAAACUUUGUAUCUUUCCCUCCUUCUCCACUCUUCUUGGAGCCUAUCUCUACUUAUUCUUUCUAUUCAGAACCACCCUAGAGCCAAGAUACAUUUUUGUGUUCUAGAACCACCUACUAAAUUGAAACCAGCAGAUGGCUUUAAUGUCUUGCACAUGGGUGUGGAUCUUCAGAAAGUACCCAAAUACCCACCUUCCUCUCCCACUUUCAGAAAUUAUGAGCACUCUAAAAAGAUGAAAGGAGAAACAUCUGACUGUGUAAAUGUGUAAACACAGAAUACAGUCUCCUAAGUAGAGUAAUACUAUCCUGCUGUUGCUUUCUUUUUAUAUUUUGUGUGUGGUGUUAAUUUACAUGCAUCAGUGUGUACUGUUUUUGUAAAGUGUGUAAAGUAGAUGUUAGCAAUCAGUUUAAAAAAGCUAUAAAUGAUACGUAACUGCUGUCAAUCUUCAGCAAAUUACCUUUUUGCCUUUGUUUUAGUGGGGACCUCUGAUGCCACCCCUCCCCCCAGUUUUGUUUUGCUCUCCAUGCUUAAGUGGCAAUUAUCAAUUAUCAACUUCGGUCACUGAAUUUUGUCCAAGUUGACUGCAGUAGUUCUCAUAAUGUGGAUGUAUUCAAAUAAGAAGACUGAUUUUAAUGAUCAAUUUUAUCUCUGUUUUUUUAGGACUUUAGUAUUUCAAUAUUAGAAAUGUCUUCUGAAGACUAGCAGCAGAAUCCCUUUGCUCUUGAAAAUGCAAAGCCAGUUUUAUGUAGACUCUCCAGGAGUAGAAAUGGAACAUUUGAAACACAAGAGUUUGGUUUUAGAAUCUGAUAACGAAGGGAAGCUCCUUCUCUAAAAAAGGUUAACAGCUUUCCCAACUUUGAACAUCUAGUGGAGCUGUCCUUGGAAAGGCAGUCUGAAUUUUAAUCUCAUGGAUUUAAUGGCGCUAAAUUAACAAACAUUUUUAAAAUGGAUUUUGUAGAAUUCAAUUAUUAAGGAAACACUUUGCAAAGCCAUAUAAGGGGAAUUGUCAAGCACCACAUGUUUUGGAAUGUGCAUUUACCAAGUGAAUAGAAUUUACUUCACCAAAAAAGAUUUUUUGCACAAUUCAUGAUACUUAACAGAAAUAUGAUUGUAUCAUUGGAGAAAAAAAGCUCACCCUCUUAAUGGUAUACUUCACAUUCUCUAGUAAACUGCAAUUCCUUAUUAUUUUAGGGGAUACAAAAGAAUAAUCUGUUGAUAGAAUAUAACUGCUUAUUCCUAAUUGUAUCUAGAAAUGAAUACUAUGAUUUAAAGUAAUAUUAAACUUUGAGGAACUGAUCAAUAAAUUAUUAAUAAAAUUGUACUCUUUGCAAUACACUUGCCUCAGCACAAAUGCAGAGUUAACAUAAAUUUUUAAAAAAUACACCAAAUAAUAGACGUAAGUUGUUAUUACUUUAAACUUCUAAUUUCCACUAGCAUUCAAUCCAACACCAGUUAUCUGUUGUAUAUAACUAAAAUUUUGAAAGUCUUGCAAUCAAAAUGAGAGGCUUCUUCAAAAAUGCCUUUUUUUGCCAAAAACAAGUUCUAUGACCUCUUGCAUAUUAUUGUAUUUCUUUAGGGGUAUUUUGAGGCACGUUCAAAGACCUAUCGUUAGCAGUUAGGUCUAAAUUUAGAGCAGAACAUUCUGUCAGAUAUUUUACUAUAUCACAAAAUGUUGUAGUACUGUAUUUUAUAAUGAAACCAAAUUCUCAAGUAUUCUGGUAUGUUAGCUAUUAUUAUACCAAAAAAACCACUUUCUAUAAGUCUAUUAUUAUGUACAUAAUAUUUUAAAAAAUGAGUAUUUCAGUCCUAGGAAAAAAGUAUAAUGUAAUAUGUGACAUUAAAUUGAUCUUCAGUCAAAAUCCAUUUAGGUAUUACAGGGAAAGAGCAAUCUUUGGCUUGAAUGUAUACAUUAUUCUCAAGGACAAAAUGGUAAGCGAAAAUACAUAAAGACGCGGUCACUGGGGGCAAGUUAGCUGGUGUGCACACUGAGAAGGAUCAACUUGCAAAUGCUCAUGAGAUUUUAGCUUUGGUUGUAGUUGUUCCUGGAGGGGGAAGUGCUAUAGUCAGUUGAUGUUGCCUCCCCUUCAUAUGGGGCGGGCCGUGGUUCUCACAGCCGCUGCAUGGUAUAAUGCAAUCUUCUUAGAAGCAAGAUUGAGUCAGAAGCUUAGAGAUGCACCUUACUGUUUGAAAAACUGCUGUUACAAUGUUCUAAACACUGUGAUCUUUCCAAAUGUGUUUUCUGUAUUAGUUUUGUACUGUAGAAAAUAUAAUUCAUCAUAAACUGGACUCUAUAGUGUUUAAAGCAAUGUUAUUUAUUGGCUUAUCCUCCCCCAUAUUUAUGUACAGUCAACAGUAUGAAACCUGUGAUAAUCCUUUGCCUUAAAAUAAAGUCCCAUGCUAAAUAUUGAGUGCGCUGUAAUAAUUCUAAGCUACAAAUUAAUUUUUCCUUUAAAGCUUAAGACUGUCAAAUAAAAUAUUACACAAAUA